AUGCGUUUCCUGAAGGCGUACAGGAAACGGUGGCACAAGUGUCCAGGAAGUAGCUAGAUAGCCAUUUCACAGGCCUGGAUCACAGCUAUAUAGGGGUCAUUCUUCCAUGUAUAGCUAUCAGAGAUAGUUCAUUAAACUUGACCAGUGCUGUAUACCAGUUGCUGCUGUAAUCAUCGCGUAAACAGUUUCUGUGUAGUAAAAAAAAGGGAGAAAAAAAAGUGCACUUAAUAAACAUAUCAACACCUUGGGAAUUAAGCUAGGAAAUCGACGAAGUGUGUCUACGUAUCAGCAACGCGGAUACAGGCUCAAUAUACGACCUAACCGUUCUCGAGGAUUUAAUUUAUGUUUGUUUAAUGUGCAGAUAUUUUGUGCGUUUAAUAAAGACUCGAUCAUGAGCGGAAUUCCUCGCAUUGUCCAGGAGACCGUUGCUCCUUACCCAAGAACAAUUGUUGAAACGGUGCAACCUAUCCGACCGGCCAUCAAUCCCGUUUAUCAGUAUGGUGGUCCGCCUUCGAGGUUCGGAGCCACAGGACCAGCCCGGAUAACCGAACCUUUCUAUGAUUACCAAGUGGAGAGCGCUGUUCGACCCGAUCCGGUGCGGGAGACUGUUAUGACUCCAGGUGGCACUGCACAUCAGGUCAAUGUCGAAACCCGUGUUUAUGCCCCUAACCCGAGUAUUCCGGAUCCGAGACCGGAUAAAUUCAAACCACUUGACCGAAUCCACGAAAAUGGGCAUCCGGAUAUCACUCGCUUCACGAAGGACGAGCUCAAGGAAUUCCACGAGUACUUACGGAGAUCUACCGAAGAAGGCCGAAGUUUCAGUGGCACUGGGAAGGUCAACAUUGAAGACAUUGAGAGUAUCCAGGCGGAGACACUGGAAAGCCUGAAGUCUGGAUCAGUAGAAAGUUUGGACACUCUGCUACUCCUUUGUGAAUUGAGCAAUCUGCGGGAUGAAAGGUGUGUCCUAUUCUUCACCGAAGCGGGGUUCGACGAAAUCUUUACCAAAUUCAUCGAAGGCGUCUUAUUUUCAGGCAAAUAUAUCAAUGAUCAGCUCGAACAUCCGGGUUUAUACAUUGGUUUCAACCUCCUCGUCGACGCGGCCCAACGCUUCACAGAGAAUGGCGUGGAACUCUGCCGUAAGAUGGGCAAGGUUGCCGUUCCGCUCCUCCUCGAACUCAUACGCGAUUCAUUCUUUGAAGUCGAGGCUCUCAAUCGCGAUGACGAGGAACUGAAGUGGAUGUCGAGAAGGGAACUGCUUAAGAAGAUCUUCACCUUGUUUUACAAUUGCAUCAGGAACCAUCCCGACAACAGACGUGUUUUUCGCAUGAGCAGGGCUUCGGCGUUUUUCGAACCAUUCCUGAAUUGCCGAUUCUAUAUCUUACGAGCAAAGGCACUUUUCAUACUGGCCUACAUCGUGACUGAGGAGGAGAACGCCGAUCUCAACACGGAGACUCUCAACAUCGAGUUCAUCGUCAAGGUCCUUCGUAGGACCCUGGAGGAACCGUCGCACUACUCGGCUCACUACAACUUUUACGCCGUAGAGGUCGUAGAGGCUGUGCAGAGAGUCGCCGCCAACGACAGCAAUAAGGAUAAAUUCAUUGAAGCUGGAGUCCUUCCACACCUUGUGGCAUUGAUGGAUGAGAAGAAUUCUCGAGAGGAACGCAACACCGCCCUCAACGCCGUAUGGGUCCUUUCUUUCUCCUCAAAGAACAAAGACGCCAUUUUGAAUGAGGAAAGGUGCAUCGACAACAUAAAGGCUUGCAUGGGAAUUGAUGACUUCACCCGAAUCUGUCAGGCAAUCUUAUGGAAUCUACACGAUCAAGUCAUUCCUAAAACAGAAAAGAAGAAGGAAGACAAAGAUGAUAAACCGGAAGUGAAAGGUGCUGAUGACGGUGCUUCCGCUGACCCGGAAACAGAACGCAAGAUAGCCAAGAAGCAAACACCCCACGUGAUGCUCAGCUACCAAUGGGAUGUCCAGAAACAGAUACUAAAGGUCAAAGACGUUCUGAGUGCUCUUGGAUUCAAUGUCUGGUUGGAUGUGGAAAGAAUGGGGGGUUCAACUUUAGAAGCAAUGGCGAAUGCAGUGGAAGAGGCCUGUGUCGUCAUCAUCUGCUUUUCAGAGAAGUACAAGGAUAGCCCAGCUUGUCGAACUGAGGCAGAAUACACGUACAAACUACGCAAGCCGAUCAUUCCUCUCAAGAUGCAAACCGGCUACGAUCCAAACGGCUGGCUGGGCGCCAUGUUGGGAAACAAGUUCUACAUCCAGAUGAGCACAUUGGAACUGGUGCAGGACAAUAUGGGACUUCUUGUCCGAGAACUGGCCGACAGAGGGCGCACUCUAUCUACAGAAGAUCAGAGCGUGGAUGACGAUGAGUACAUUCCAUCUGGUCUUCCAAAGCUUGCUCGACCAAUGUCGCCCCCAUACUUAGUUCCUGAGAAUCGUACCCUACCGCCGCCUUCUCCCCCGAUCUUCCCCCAGAGGCAGAGGGUGGAACGAAUCGUGACUCGCCAGGACUCUAAUCCAUAUCGCGUAUACAGUCCGCCUCCGACAGCAGUAAUCAUGUCCCCACAAAUACGUCGAGAUGGAGCUGUCUGUCUGCAACUCGUGCAGAGAUGGAAUUCACAAGAGGUUGUGGCAUGGCUAGGUCACAACAACCUCAACCACCUUAGUAACUGGCUGCAAGGGUACAACGGGGAAGACUUAGUGGGACUAAAGAAGAUAUCCACACAGGCUCCAGAGUUUUUCUUUGGCAAACUGGAACGGGAAUUCGGCUUUAAGUCAUUAUUGGAUAUGAUACGUUUCAAGAAAAUGCUCGAUGAUAUAGUUUAGUGGCAUAGAAAUUGAAAUGUACACUAAUCUGCCCCCUCUGAUCACACUCCUCUCGAUCAGAAUGAGACGAGGGGUCGCGGUCAUUUUAGAGUGUGAUUUACAUCUUGAGAGUGCAUUACAUCGCCUUUAGCUCCUUCUGGGAUAAUCGCUUUCAAGCUCCUUGCAGCUUGUUUUUUCCCAUAUUCCUCUUACAACAUAAGUUUUAUAAUUUCUUAUACCUAUACACUAUAUUAUUGAUUCAAUAAGUAUGUUUUUAUUGUUUUAAUGUACAUAUUUUGUAUUGUUUUUAUCAUGAGAAAUAAAAUCAAUCAAACAAUCAACCCUGUAUAAUAUUAGCCAUUUUCAUUAAAAAAGGGGUAUUUAUAAAUCCACUCUCAAAAGAUUUAAUCCUACUCCAAAACGACUGACACCUUGAUCGUCUCACUGAGAGGAGAGUGAUUAUGCAGAUUAGCUCCUUUGAAUUUAUAAAAUAAGAGAAAAAAAAAGAGUUUGCAUUUUAUUGUUCAUGUAAUGUGUGUAAACCAUUGUAGAAUGAAUCACUGGGAACGACUAUCCACUCAGCAUGUUCAUUCAUCCAUUCAAUCACGCAUGUCAAAUGUUUUGAAGGAAACUUUUGUAGAGUGAUUCAAUUAAACUGUUCAUGCAUUGUAUCAAAACCUAAA